AUGAAGUCUUUCAUUCCUCUCGCCCUAGCGGCCUCAGCUGCCGCCCUCCCUCAACAGUCUUCCGGAUCGGACUGUAAGGACUCUCGCGAUGGCGAAUUCGCCAUCUCAGUCGUCAACGUCACCGACUCCUCUAGCAAGCGUAGCGUCGAAAGACGCCAGCUUUCUGGCAUCCUCACUCUUACCUUGGAUGGUGGUGCCCUGAAGGACCAGGCUGGUCGUGAUGGCUACAUUGCCUCAAACCACCAGUUCCAAUUCGAUCAGCCCAUCCAGGCCGGAGCUUUGGAGAAAUCUGGAUUCUCUGUCUGCAGCAACGGAACUCUCGCCCUUGACGGCUCUGCUAUUUGGUAUCAAUGCUACUCUGGCGGAUUCUACAACCUCUACGAUGAGGCACAAGGAGACCAAUGCAACCAGAUCUACAUUUAUGCCCAGUCGAGCAGCGGCAGCUCCAGCAGCCAGACGGGCGCAGUCAGCCAGGCUUCAGAUGGACAGCCCGCCGCUUCGACCCAGGUCUCUGCGCCUGCCGUCUCUCAGCUCACUGAUGGACAGCCUCAGGCCCCUACAUCCCAGGCAUCUGCUCCCGUGGUUUCUCAGAUCUCUGAUGGCCAGCCUCAAGCCCCUACAUCCCAGGCAUCUGCUCCCGUGGUUUCUCAGAUUUCUGAUGGCCAGCCCCAGGUUCCCACUGCUGCCCCGUCCGCGCCAUUGGUCUCUCAGAUUUCUGAUGGCCAGCCCCAGGCCCCCACUGCUGCCCCAUCCGCGCCGUUGGUCUCUCAGAUCAGCGAUGGUCAGCCUCAGGCUCCCACUGCUGCCCCAUCCGCGCCAUUGGUCUCUCAGAUCAGCGAUGGCCAGCCUCAGGCUCCCGCCACCUCUGCUACUCCUGUCCCAUCAGGACCGCUCGUCUCCCAGAUCCCUGACGGUCAGCCCCAGGCUCCCGUCUCAGGUGCCGGUAACUUUACCGCGCCUAACGCGACCAGCCCUCCUGCCUCCCAGUUCACUGGCGCUGCCUCGACCCCUAUGGCGGCUGCUGGCGCCCUUGCCGCCGGUCUCAUGGCUCUGUUUGCCAUGCUAUGA